AUGACCCAAAAACCAGGUCAAACCUUAGCAGCGUUGUUGGAAGAGGGCUGUAGGAAGUACAGGAACUGUCAGCCUCAGAAAAACAACUUUGAAACAGCUGAUGUAAGUUAUUUUAUGUUUAUUGUAGCAUGAGAUAGUAUCUUUUGAUCGUCGGGUUUUUGUAUGGGAGUCACAUACCGAACUUUUGUGUUAACAAUGCUUACAAAAAGCCUAUCUUUCAAGCUUUUUAUCUAACUAGUCGUUUUGCUUUGAACUGUUUUUUGGACGAAUAGUCUCAAAAGAUAGCAUACAACAUCUUAUAUUUCUUUAAUAUCGCCAUUUUUAGGGUAAACACGGGACUGAAUUGAGUAUCGACGGCUUCAAAGGUAGCUGUGUGUCUAGGAACAGGAAGACAGCACAACAUUUGGCUGCUCGAGAUGUACUUUUAAAGAUUGUGAAGGCCGGCAAAUACAGAGAGUUCUCGAUUCCAGGGAAUACUCAAGGUGAAGCUGAGCAGUAUAUGUAAGUUUGUUUUUGAAUAAUUACUUAUGGCCAAACGGGCCUAGCUAGAUCUCAGUGUUGAGUCGUAGGCUUAAGAAGUUAGGUGCGGCUGCCACACUUUUAUACGAAAUAUGUUACAGUAAAGGGUUGAAGACUGGUAGGUGUGGAAAAAACACUGUAAUGUAUAAAUUAUUAUGUUUUGAUGCCAUUACAAUCUACAAUAUCUUUUUAGUCUGAGUCUCCAGCCAGAAUUAGGUAACGAUGAACAGAUGGCCAACGACAACUGGCCGGGCAAGUGUGAUUUGCUCUGUGGACAAAAGAAGAUCAACACUAAGCCCAAAUAUGACAUGGAGGCCAUAGAAGAAGACAAAGGUCUCAAGUUCUUCAAAUGUACUUGUACUCUGAAGAACAUUGUCGUAUCAGAGACAGCGACAUCUAAGAAGAAGGCCAAGGCUGCCGCGGCCAAGAAGAUGUUCGACAGGAUCAACGAGGAGAUUAAAGGUGGUAGGUUAGUCAGUUUGUAAAUGAACGGGGUUGGUUAGGGAAGAGUUUGGUUAAAAAUUUCAUAGAAACAUUAAAAAAGUUUAACUUGGUAUGUUGAGAUAGAUCUUAAUCAUCUACUUACAUAAGCGAUCUUUCAGUUGUGGAGUUGACAAUCCCGGAAAUCGAAACCAAAGCCUCAAGUCCCAAAGCGGAAGAAGUCAAGAAACCAGAAGCCGUGUUAGAAGGUGGAUUUGUAAAUUACUUGAAGAAACGUCUGGAAUCAUACGGUAACAUCAAGCAUAUCACCCACAAUAGCUGUGACGGAUCCAUCUCGGUGUUCGAAGAGAUUUGCUCGAGUGCUCGUCACGACAAACAGAUGACAUUACACAAAAUAUGGCCCAAUCUGAAAUACGAAUACAGUUUGGACACUCGGGGACGUGGGGACCAGAAGAUCAAGGUCCACAAUCAUAAUAUCGCGGAGCUCGAGAGGGAGAUUCAGCAGAUACCCAUGAUGAAAGGUAAGGCUAGCUAUGAGCUUCUUGACUAAGAUAUUAAAAAUUUAAAGUGUAAAGUUAGAAAUGGGGCAUAAGUGUGCUUGUACCUAUCUAAAUAUAAUUAUAAGUAAAAUUAUAUUGACAAUGACCUUCUUCAGACGAAGUGACUGUGUUUCUGGACGUCCUCGGUGAAGAAAAGUGUCAAAGCGUCUUCUUCGGGACAGGAAGGAAUGUCAGUGUGGCCAGGGGAUUGGCCUCUUGUUCGGCUUUAAUGUUCAUAAAGGCUUAUGUCGAUGCUCAUGUGAAGCAAUUGUGA